GUGGGUGACCCGCUGUGGAGCUGUGGGUGGGGCGGCGGCCGCGGCCCUGGUUUUUCUCGCUUGGUCCGGAGAGAGGGAGAGAGCCAGUUCCUGGGAACCGAGUCGAGGGCCCAGGGCCGGGGGCGCUGAAGGAAGUCGCCCCGAGCGGCUCGCCUCUUGCCAAAGAGAGGCAGCCCUGGGAGCCGGCGUCCCGCCCCCGGCGGCCUCCUUUCCCGAUCCUCCCGGGUUGCGCGCGCCGGCCGUGGCUCUGUCUUCGGGGCUGCGGCGGGAACCGCCGAGCGGGCUGGACGGGACCCUCCCCCUAGGCACCGGCUGGAAAAAAGGAAGAGGGAGCGCGGCGGGUCAGCACCUUAGCCCAGAGGUCAGGCCGCUGGUUCCGUGUUCGUGCUCCUCAGUCCUUCAUCCAGCUCUCCUGGCUGGAGUUCGAAUCCGCGACCUCCCCUCGCUCCUUAUGCGUCUCCCUUAAGUGUGUCACCAAGCCCUCUGGCCGGAUGAUUUUUUUCCUCCUUGACUUUGCUAGGAAGGAGAUAUAUGUAUGUAUCUAAAGGAUAUCUGUCCUCGUCUCCACCCCAGCCCUCUUAAAAGUUUUAACUUCAGUGGAAGUGCGUAUCUUCCUUUCUUGGACCAUUUGACGGUUCCUACUCCAGCCACUGUCUGAUUUAGCAACUGGGAUCACAUUCAGAUCUAAUCUUAAAAAAAAAAAUCGCCUACAGAGUAGUUCUCCCCAGUCCAAGAAGGACAAAUGGAUUUUGGAGUUAAGAUGCAGGGGGGCGAACCAGUGCCAACGAUGAAAGUCUCAGACAGUGAAGGAAAACUGGAGGGCAUGGCCACAGCGGUGACCCCGAACAACAAGAACAGCAGCAACAGCAGCUGUAGGGGUGGAAUCCGUGGAGGCAGUACAAAAGGCUGGCAAUACAGCAGCCAUAUUAGAAAUGAGCAAAAAUACAGUGUUCAGUUCACUAAUUUUUUUUUUAAUCAUUACAGGUUUUUUGUUUUAAAUAAUGAAGCUGGGCUAUUGGAGUACUUUGUGAAUGAACAGUCUAGAAAUCAAAAACCUAGAGGUACUUUGCAGCUUGCAGGAGCUGUGAUAUCACCCAGUGAUGAGGACUCUCACACCUUCACUGUAAAUGCUGCUAGUGGGGAACAGUAUAAACUCAGAGGUAUGAAUAAUCCUCCUCUAAAGUCACGAAGUUUCUCACUUGCAUCUAGUGGUAAUUCUCCCAUAUCUCAGAGGAGACCAAGUCAGAAUGCUAUUUCUUUUUUUAAUGUUGGACAUUCCAAACUGCAAUCAGUGAGCAAAAGAGCUCACUUACCUCCAGACCAUCUUGUGGAAGUCAGAGAAAUGAUGUCCCAUGCUGAAGGACAACAAAGAGACUUAAUUAGACGAAUUGAAUGCCUUCCUUCUUCUGGCCAUCUUAGUUCCUUGGACCAGGAUCUCUUAAUGCUCAAAGCUACUUCCAUGGCCACUAUGAACUGCUUAAAUGACUGCUUUCACAUUCUCCAGUUGCAGCAUGCAUCACAUCAGAAGGGCUCACUGCCUUCAGGAACGACAAUCGAGUGGUUAGAACCAAAGAUACCUUUAUCAAAUCACUAUAAAAAUGGAGCUGACCAGCCCUUUGCAACUGAGCAGAGUAAGCCAGUGGCAGUCCCAGAAGAGCAAUCUGUUGCAGAAUCUGGACUAUUAGCAAGGGAACCUGAAGAAAUAAAUGCAGAUGAUGAGAUUGAGGACACAUGUGACAACAGGGAGGAUGACCUGGGAGCUGUUGAAGAGCAACGAAGUGUUAUCCUGCAUCUCUUGUCACAGCUCAAGCUGGGCAUGGAUUUGACAAGAGUGGUGCUUCCUACAUUUAUCCUAGAGAAGCGUUCCUUGCUGGAAAUGUAUGCAGACUUCAUGUCUCAUCCAGACCUAUUUAUAGCCAUCACUAAUGGAGCUACAGCUGAGGACAGAAUGAUUCGCUUUGUUGAGUACUACCUUACCUCAUUUCAUGAAGGCCGUAAGGGAGCCAUUGCUAAGAAACCAUACAAUCCUAUCAUUGGAGAAACAUUUCACUGUUCCUGGAGGAUGCCGAAAAGUGAGGUAGCAUCCAGUGUUAUUAGCAGCUCUUCCACCCAGGCAGUCACAAAUCAUGCUCCUCAAUCAGAGGAGUCUUUGAGCCAGGUGGGAUCGGACUGUUACACAGUCAGAUUUGUUGCUGAGCAGGUUUCCCAUCAUCCUCCAGUCUCAGGAUUUUAUGCAGAAUGUGCAGAAAGGAAGAUGUGUGUAAAUGCACACGUCUGGACUAAGAGCAAGUUCUUAGGCAUGUCGAUAGGCGUGACAAUGGUUGGAGAAGGUAUCCUCAGUCUGUUGGAACAUGGAGAAGAGUACACAUUUUCUCUACCUUCUGCAUAUGCCCGGUCAAUUUUGACUGUUCCUUGGGUAGAACUGGGUGGCAAAGUCAGCGUUAACUGUGCAAAAACUGGAUAUUCAGCCAGCAUCACUUUUCAUACUAAGCCAUUUUAUGGUGGCAAACUACACCGGGUUACAGCUGAAGUCAAGCACAACAUCACCAACACAGUGGUAUGCAGAGUGCAAGGGGAAUGGAAUAGUGUUCUUGAGUUUACUUACAGCAAUGGAGAGACAAAGUAUGUGGAUUUGACUAAAUUGUCAGUGACAAAGAAGAGAGUGAGACCUCUGGAGAAGCAGGAUCCAUUUGAAUCCAGGCGAUUAUGGAAAAAUGUGACGGACUCUCUAAGGGAAUCUGAAAUUGAUAAGGCCACAGAGCAUAAACGUACCCUGGAAGAACGCCAGAGGACUGAAGAAAGGCAUCGUACUGAAACAGGCACACCCUGGAAAACCAAAUAUUUUAUUAAAGAGGGAGACGGCUGGAUUUAUCACAAACCCCUCUGGAAACUAAUUCCAACAACACAACCAGCAGAGUGACACAUGCUAUCUGAGACUCAACCAAAUGAGGUUUUUCACUGUUUACCCUAAAUCCUCCCAGAAUGGAGUCAUUGCACUGAGUGACCUGCUUCCUGAUUGCGCAGACUGAAACUAGCUAAACAUGAAUGUACCUACUAGGGCACCGUAAUACUGCAGCAAGACCAAAGUGUUAAAGAAACACGAUGGACCUCUCACCAAACUGUUCAGAAGAUGUGAGCAAUACCAUCUUAACAUCUUUUAUCUGAAUUAUUAGAUGAUUACUCUUCUAUCUAGUUCUUGCUCCUAAAGCUAAGUUCGAAUCCCCUAUUUUUGCACAGGAGCAGCAGAUAAUACACAACUCAGUGACAUUGAUUUCUUUAUAGUGAAAAGUGAAGUCUCUGUUUCAGAGUUUGUGUUUUGCUUUCUGUCUAUAACUGAAGUAUUUACUGCUCUUAUAAACCAACCAAGAGGAGGAACAAGAUGACCCAGAAGUGGAUUCAGCCAUUGUGCCUGAAAUCAGUGUUAAAAGAUAAAAAUCAGCCAGGUUGUGGUAACAAGGCAUUCUAUUUCUUCAAAAGACUUUGUGCCUAUGUCUGAGGAACUUAUCCAUUAUCCACCUCUGUUGGAACUCUCUUUUAAAAAGUAUAUUUAUAAAUUGAUUAGAAUUAUAACCAUGGAGAAUUUUUUCUUCUGAGCAUUUUAAUAUACUUGAAAACAACAUUGACUUGAAAAAUUUCAGAACAUUUUUCAGUACCUAGUUUUAUUAAAUAUUACACUUGAGGAACAAUUUUUUAAAAUGUAUUCAUGUCAAUAUGAUGAGAUUUUGGCCUUUCUCAAGAACUAAGGCAUUAAGAAAAUAGCAAAUAUUAAGAAAUAAAACUGUUACUUUUUUCCUUAUCUUUUUUCACUUCUAGGUUAAAUUCAGUAUUAUAUGCUAUCCCUCUGGAUAAAUAUGCUUUAUCUUACCUCUGUUCACUCAAAAAACAAAUGACUAUUCCUAUUUGUCAGUAAUUCAGAAGUUAUAUAACUGAGUGCAUGUAAGGUAUGGUUUUCUUUUCUUUUCAAGGAAACUUAAAUGCUGAAGAAAGAGUAUGAAAUAAGAUAUCAGGAAGUUGUAUUCAGGUACAAAUCUUUUUUUAAAUAAAUAUUUUAUUGAGGUUGAAGAAUUGCUGGCAAUUAAAAGAAUAGUGCUAAUUAUGACUUUCAUCAUUCAUUCAAGUAUUUAUUGAGCACCUACAUAUGGUGCUUAACACUUGUUACUACAAGCUACCUUAAUUUUCCAAGAGUGGUGCCUUACUCUAUUUCUUCCAAUAUGGUCUUCCAAUCAGUGUGUGUAAGUAACAUAACCUGUUCUUCAUCAGUCAGUGUAGAUGGCUGUGUCUGUUGCAUCAUCAUAAGAAGUUUAAACUUUGUGCUCUGAGAAAUUGUGUUCUGUGAGAGAGGUUAAUAGGGUGAAAACAGCAAAACAAUAAUUUUUUCAACAAAUUGUAAAUUAUAAGAAAAAGUUGGUUUGUGUACAACCAUUUUAAUGAUUACCUUGUUCAUUUUUGCUGUGAAAUGCACUGAAAAUUUUCGAAACAAGUUAUAGUUCAUGUGUUGGGAAAAUUAAAAAAUAAUAAAACUAGAGAAUAA